AUCAUAAUGGACAGUCAGAGAGUGCUAGGGUGGAUUGUUGGCAAACUUCAUUGCUUUUAAAGUCAUCCAGUGCUAUGUUUUAUGUAACACUGGACAAGCCUGCUCAUAUCUCACCAUAAAAAGAGGAAUAAGUAGUUUGGCUGAUAGGCUCCAGAGGAAGUCAGAUGAAGAUGUAGACCCCAUAAAGCAGAGAUGGGGGAGAGCUGCCUCUAUAUAACUUCACCUGAUGAUGAUGCAGUGACACAUACAGUGCAUUGUUUGGGGCUGACAGCCCUGGUGGAAGUGUGCGGGGACAUUUGUGGUGCGUUUUGCAGAAGGAGGCACAGGAACAACCUUAUAUCUGAGUGGGGGGUUUCUUUUUUACUGUGCUCAUUGAUGAGUGAAAGUCGCCACACAUGUCAGGCUAAAGGCAGUUGUUGGGUUACUAACAGGACACAGCGUCUUGCAAACAUAUGCGCUAAGCUGUGUCUACAGAUGGCAGAGAGAAGAAUGGGGCAGGCGCCUGGUAUAAAGCUCUAGCUGCUGCCAUCAGAGCAGGGGAAUGAGAGUCCUCAGACUCCGGGCAAGCUAGCGCCUGCGACUGUCUCUUACCGCUUUAAUCCUAUUAAUUACAACGUUAACCUGAUUGGGUAGAGAGCUGUGUCCCAACAGGCGACUCUUCUCCAUAAUAACCUACUCAGAGAUAAUGAUGUAGAAGACUCCCCCGUCUGUGGCUGCCGCUGCUGGGUGGCUCCGGAGAUCUCUUCAAGGUGAAUCCAAGCAAGAUAAGCGGCGCUCCACGCUGAGGAUGCCCGAGCAGCGGGCGCUGCUUCUACGCUGCUAGAGGGGAACAGAGCGCAAAGUGCACCGGAGCUGCGCGCAAGAGACUUUCAUUGCGCAACAAAAGUCGGGACAGCCCUAUUUGGGGGAGCGGUGCAUGGUUUCUCCUGUGACAGCCUGACAGCAGCAGCGAAGGAGGAGAAGUUAGAGGCGAGUGAGGAGCACACAGGCGGCAGGGGAGAUGGAGAGGGCGCUGAACCUGGCAGAAGAGGACCUGUUCCACAAGAGCCUCAGCGCCUCGGCCAAGAGGAUGGAGUCCGCCUUCCGCUCCCCGCAGGGUCUAGACCUGUCCCAGCAGGGGGAGCGCUCCCCGCUGCACUGCUACGACGGGCCGGACCCCUCCGACCUCCUGCGGCACCACCACCACCAGCCCCCCGCCGGCGCGCUGGGACCUGUCGGAGGAGUGGUGGGGAACGCAGGGGAAUCCCUGGCUCUUGCGGCCGCCAGCAUGUGCGCCAAGUAUGGGGACGCCUCCGGCCGCCGGGUGUCCAUGGCGGAGAGCAGCGGGGGAGAGGACCAGAGCCCAGACGAUGACAGCGACGGGCGCUGCGAGCUGGUGCUCAGGGCGGGGAGCUCCCAGCCCGGCAUGAAGUCCGAUGCGCCCGGCGUGCCGGGGACCGGCAAGAAGUCCAAGGAGCAGCGAGCCCUGCGGCUGAACAUCAACGCCCGGGAGCGGAGGCGCAUGCACGACCUGAACGACGCCCUGGACGAGCUGCGGGCGGUCAUCCCCUACGCGCACAGCCCCUCGGUGCGCAAACUCUCCAAGAUCGCCACCCUGCUCCUGGCCAAGAACUACAUCCUCAUGCAGGCGCAGGCGCUGGAGGAGAUGCGCAGGCUGGUGGCGUACCUCAACCAGGGCCAGGCGAUCUCCGCCGCCUCCAUCCCCAACUCCGCUGCCGCCGCCGCCGCGGCCGCUGCUGUCGCCCUGCACCCUGCACUCGGAGCCUACGAGCAGGCGGCAGCCACCGCUGCCUACCCCUUCAGCACCGGGCUCCAGGCGGCCAGCUCCUGCCCGGACAAAUGUGCCCUAUUCAGCAGCGUCUCCUCCAGCCUGUGCAAGCAGUGCACCGAUAAGCCUUAGCAGCCCCGCACCACUACAGCACCUGACACCUGCUGCUCUGCACCAGCUAGGGGACCAUUACCUGGGCUGUCCCAUUAGUCAUUGGAAAGAACUUGCUCCAUGCAGGCAACCUCUGGCUUCUCAACAUCGUUGAUUUUUUUUAGAUUUUUUUUUUACUGUCCUGUUUUAUUGGUUAUUGUUUUACUUUAUUUUUUGUUGUUGUUUCUUUCACUACUGAUGGACUGAUCAGCACCCAGACCUCAGCGAAGUCUGACAUGAUGAGUCCCAUGUUCUUCUAGGUUCCUGUGACCAAACGACAUCAGUCUGUGUGGAAUGAAUUUAUCAUUAUUUAUGUUACAAAACGCUGCUCUCUCUCUUCUUCUUCUUUUUUUUUUUUUUAAACUAAGUGAUAAUAAUAUUAGAUAUCCCUUAUUCACUUAAGACUUAAGUUCUGACAACAAUCAGAAUAAAUAAAUAAAUAAAAGGGCACUUGAAUUUGAUAAAUGACUCUGAGCCAGGAAAACACUUGAAAUAUAUAUAGACUUAUUUAAUUAAAAAAAGAAAACAAAAAAAAAAGGACGUAACAUUGCAAGAAUAUAAAUCAUUUGUAUUUUUUAUUGUGUCUGAACUUUGUAUGACAUUGCUGAAUAUUUUGGUGAGGAUGUAAAAGGCUUACAAAAAAAAAAUAACUUGUGGGAGUGAAAGUCUAGAUUUUAUUUUUAUUUUUAUUUUUCACAAUAUUUAUGUGCACCUUGUUUACCCCAUGUGGGAUGUUGUGUGAGAAUAUGUGACAAUUUAUGUGCUACACUUCAAUAAUUGUUCAAGAUUUAUUUAUCUUGUGUGAACAGGUGAAAGGAAGUGAGAUGCGUUUUCUUUUCUAUUUUUUUUAAAUUAUUACUUUUCUUUUGAUUUUUGGAACUCGUUUUGCUGAAUUAAUUUAUAUACUUUGUGCCAAGUGUUUCAAAAGCUUAAUAGACGAGAACAUAUAACAGAAUCUUAAUGUUUCUGAGCUGCUGGCUCACUUAAAAGGUCAUUAUGAUUUGAAGUUGCUACAUAACUGUAUUUAAACUGAGCUUUAAUAAAUUGCUUCAGUCCAAAAAAAAAAAAAAUAUGGAAAAGAAUGUGUAUUAUUAAUUGGGAAAUGUACAGAAAUCCUUUCUUCCAAUUCUAGAAAUGACAUGUUUUAAAAUCCAAAAUCAAGACGGUUGUAUUCUGUAUAAAGUUAAUUCUUUGUACCUUGGGCCAAGAAAAAGUAAAUUCAGUUAUCUAUUUCUGUGUGAAGUUCAUAUGUUUUUCUUUUCUUUUCUUGAAGUAAGCUUUUAAAUGAGAUGUAUAUAGUGAGACAUUUAUAGACCUGUAUCUCUUGCCAGCACCCAAUUUGUCCUGCUGAAUGGCUGGUAAUGGAUGAAGGCUGAGUAAAAAUGUGUAAGGAAAAAAAAAAGUUGCCUAUUAAAUAGGUCAAUCAGAUUACCAAAGCACAUAUAUUAUCAUCUGUAUUAUCAUCUGUGUACACAGGAAAAGCCAGUCUUUUGACACGUUCUGUACACCUUAAUAUUCUAACAAGACAGAUGGUUAUGAACAUAUUUUGCAAUGUCCAUUCAAAAGAGAAUGUUGCAGACCUUGUGCAUAUAUCAUAUACACUUUUAUUUGUCAAACACAAUUAUAGUUUUGCUAUGUAUAUCGUUUUUAGAUCUGAAUUAAUAUAAUGCUGCUUUGACAUAUAUAUAAUAGGGGUUCUAGAGCAAGCGUCCAUCUUUACGUGUUACUAAAUUGUCGUAGACACAGGAAUUGUUCAGACUACAGUACACUGUGAUUGCAGCUAUUUGGGCUGUUUUUAAAAAAAAAAAAAAAAUUUUUAUUAUUUUUUGAUAGUAUAGUGUAAAUGGUUUAAAUAUUCUGAAGUGUCAACACUGAGUGAGGACCUAUGUGAGCAAAUCUAGGUAUUAUUAUUAUUGCACCAAUUUCUGGUAUACAUAGAAUGUUGUGCAGUGCACAUUUAUUGAGUGCUAUGGAUGUAGGAUUUAAGGCGUUUAAUGUAGUGUUCUGUACUUCUGAAGGCACAGGAGAAUUUGGAACUUGCAACUUUUCAGCAUUGGGCUGGUAAUGGCUGUGGGGAAAGGGUGGGAUGAGCAGCCCUAGGCCAAAAGACAGCCGUCUCUCAGCAUUACCACACAAAGCCUGGGUGCCUCUAAUUAUGAUUAUUAAAACAAUUUCCAUGACGAUGUCUAAUAUUAUGUUAAUUUGAAAACAACUGUGUAUGAAAACUGUCGACUAUAAUACCUAAAUUCAUUUAAUGAAACACAUCGUUAAGGCAAUUAGACCUCCUGGAUGUGAUUAAGGAACAUAAUUAUGACACUGUUCUGCGCCGUAAUUGGGUGUCUUUAAUCAAGGAGUAAAGUGAUCAGCAACACGGCCAUUAGUUUGUAUUGUUCUGUCUCUGCUUAGGAAUUAACCACCAGCAGCAAUUUUUUUUUCUCCAAAUUAACAUCAUAGGACAAAUUUGCUGCAAGAUUUACUGCUUAAUAUUUCUCAUUAAAGGGACGUGAUUAGUGAAAAGCCAUCAAUAUGCACUAGUACCCGUGUUCCUAGGUCUGGCUAGUGGCUCCAUGUCACAUAUGUGCACAAUAAUAUAGACACUGUAUAACAAGGGCACUUCCUGGUCACACAAUUGUUUCAUCUGACAGUUGCAGGUUUUGGUACUGGGGAAUCUAGUUGGUGUAUUUUUUUUUAUCAUUGAAAACCAAACUGCAUUAUUAAGGCUAUUUUCUAAUUCUUCAUUGGAACAAAUUUCUUAUAGUUUGUGUUAUAUUUUAUAUUACGUUUAGCAAAGGUGACGGAACCACCAAGUGUUAUUAUGCCACUUGCACUAAAGUGAUGAUUAAUUACUGGUGUACACAUUAGUUCUACCUGGUACAAAAUAUUAUUUAAUCAAAUCUAAUUUGCCUAAAAUAACUAAUAUGCUUGGUAUUUGAAUUAAAACAAUUGUGGAGCUGUUACUCUUGUGGGGCUGAUUCUAUAAUGUUAUGUACUGUUCCAUUUAGUGUCAGUCCUAGAUGUUUAGGUUUACACAAUAGGUUGUGAUAAUUGCACAGAUGUCCCAUCAGCACGUACUAGUCUUGUCACAAUUGAAUUUGUGGCUACUUUAACAAUCGGUUUCCUAUAUACUUCUAGCUGUGUCCUCCUUGCCCCCUCACUCCUUGUCCUUUAUGCUCUCCAAAUCUUGCAGGUUAUUGCCCCAGCAUGAGUGACAUUGAAUUCCCUAAUAGAAUGGCUUUCCAAAGAUAUAAUCAUGUGUUAAAUUGAAUCCUCCGUUUAACUGUUAAUGGUGUGCCCUGGAAACAUUUGCGUAUUAGAUGCUAUGGUAACUAAUUAUCACAAGGGAAAGGGGGUGAUAAUACUUUGCAGACUUUGACAAAUAAUUAUGAGUUCUGAAAAGCUUGUUAGCAGCGGUGGAUCGCCUAGAAUGAGUGAGUGAAUAAAUGAAUAGGUAAGUAGUAGCUGAUGGAUAAUGAACUGCAGUCAAAGGACCUAAAUGGUAGUGACCAUGUAAGAUACACAUUUAUAUCUCUCUAUAGCACUGUAUGUGUAUAUAACUAUGUUAUAUAAUGAAACGAUGACAAAUAGUUCAUACAGAGUGUGUGUGUGUGUGUGUGUGUGU